CACCAGCUGGCGCAUGUACGUAACAUCAUCACUUCUUCCAUAGCCCGCUGGCUCAAAGACCUUCAGCGCCCGCAGCACCGCUAAUGUGAACAACUUGCCGGUCAGCCCUCGGAUGACGGCCGUUGUGGCAGACCCAAAGGCGGAGGCCCUGCGGCAGCUGGAGCGCUCCGCCCGCCUCCUCGGCGGCGGCGCCAAGGGCUCCGCGAGCCUGCGGACGCCGGCGCACAAGUCCCUGGAGCAGCUCUUCGGCGAGACCCGCGCCCGCGCCCAGCCUCAGGGCGCCGCGGUCGCGCUCUCCGCGGGCCUGCCCGGGGCCUCGAGGAUCCUGCAGAGCGCGCACGCGCAGCAGCUCGACCGGGACGUGGCGGACCUCGCGCUCGCGCAGGGCGCGGGCGCCCUGGGCGGCCCGGCCGGCGGGGCCGAGGACCAGCCGAACCUGGGUGUCCGGGAGUUCUUCGCCCUACGGCACGAGAGGGUCCUGUCGAACGCGGUGGAGGAGGUGCACCGCAGCUGCAUGCGCAGCGCCGAGCGCCACUCCUUCGACCGCAUUCAGGCCGAUUGGGAGGAGGCGAAGAGCAAGAUCGCGAACUCCAUGGCCAGGCAGCGGCUGGGACCCGCGACCGUGGCGCUCGCGGUGAGCGGCGGCGGCGAGCAGAGGGAGCUGCCGGCCCCGUCGCAGGACACGCUGAUCCUGGAGUGCCUCGCCCAGGAGCCCGUCGGGCGCGCGCUGCUCCAGCGGAUCUGCAACCUCAGCUGCGAGGGCUGCCCGGCCUACCGCGGCGAGCUCGCCGAGUGCUGGAGCAUCCUGUACCACGUCCUGGAGAAGACGCCGCAGGCGGUCGUCUGCGGGUCCAUCUCGUACCUUCAGGGCCGGUAUGCGGACGAGGUGAAGGCUUCCGUCUACAGCGCAUCCGGCUCGCCGCUCGGAGGGGUGCCCGACAACUGGGCGCUCGUGUGCGCUUUCGGGCGGGCUCGGUUCGAGUCCGACGCCUUCCCGUCCGACGUCACACAGGUCUGGUACGCGGCCUACGUCGCGGCCCGCGCGGGCUUCGCGGAGCUGCUGUCCGAGCUCCCGGAGCGCGCGCCAGGGUCUGGGCGAUGCCCCGCGUUCCGCGCGGCCUGCCGGCAGAUGGCGGGGCGGCUGCGGGCCGCGGCUCCGACGGCGGGCGCCCCGGACGUGCCCGCGCCCGCGGACCAAGCCGACCUCCUCUCCGCGGACCCGGGCGGGGCCGGGGGCCCGUUCCGGGACGCGCUGGUGUCGCUGCUGCAGGGGCAGAGCUUCCCGGUAAGCCGGCGACUGGAGGGCACCGUGGAGGACUGGCUUUGGUUCAGGCUGCAUCUGGCGCUGGGGCAGGCUGGCCGGGCAGCGCCAGACCUGCGGCAGCAGCUCGAGGCGGUGAGGCAGGACGUGGCGGCGCGCCCCCAGUCCCACUACGACCCCGCGGCAGCAGCCCGCUCGCCCACGGGCGGCGCGCCAGGCGCGCCUCCGCCCGGCGCAGCGCACGGCCUGGGGGCGCUGGUCGAUCCGUUCGCCAGCUCCGCGCUGGCGCUGCCGGGGGGCUCCUCGCUGGGCGUCGGCAUCGCCCAGACGCUCAACUUCGUCAAGACGCUGCUGCUCACCGCGCAGUUCGAGCGCGCCGUCCAGCAGAUGGGGCUGCAGGACCGGUGCCUGCAGGCUCCCGCGCUGCACAUGGCCCUCGUGCUGCGCAAGGCCGGGACGCUCGGCGUGGUCCCGCCGGCGGCUGGGACCUGCCCGCCCCUGGACGUGGCGGCCCUGGUGUGCGAGUACGCCGGCCGCUUCCGCUGCGCCGACCGCCUGCGCUAUUUCCAGGCGCUGGACGCGGACGAGCGCAAGAAGGCCGUGGAGCAGCUGCUGCUCGGCCCCGGCGUCUUGGCCAGCGACGAGCUGCUGGGGCCCCUGGACGCCGCUGGCCAGCACCAGCCAGGGCUGCUGGAGAGGGCGCUGCAGCAGGACCACCUCGGCGGCAGCGCGGAGUUCGCGGAGCUCUGCGCGAAGGCCGGCAGCAAGGCGAGCGAGCGCGGGCAGUACCGCGAGGCGCUGAGGCUGCUGCACAUGGGGGGCUGCCACGGCGAGGCGCUGCAGGUGCUGUGCAGGUGCCUGCGUCUGCCCCUCUGGCGAGAGGCGUCCGCUGAGAGCUCGGACGAGGCGCGGCUGCUCGCCGGCGACAUCCAGCGCUUCUUCACGCUGUACGAGCGCAACCUGGACCGGUACGCGCUGCCAUCUCGAAAGUUUGCCGUGGCGAGGAAGCUUUUCAGCGCGCGGAUCUUCCAUUCUCUCUGCAGCCAGGGUCAGGUGGAGGCGGCCUUGGACACCCUGGACCGUGAGCAGCUGCUGCCUUUGUCCGUGGACCAGGCCUUGGGGGGCGAGGUGGACGAGGAGUUGCUGCCUGAGUACCCGCGCAUCGUGGCGGACUAUGCCCGCGCGCUGUCCGCCGCAGCGGCGCGCGGUGCCAGCGCCAGGGAACUGCGUGCGCGCGUUGGCCGACUGCAGGCCUUCCUGGCAGUACAAUCGCAUCGCGUACCGCUGGACCAGGAGACGUUGUCGUCACUCGCUAGUCUGGCGCUGUGCUGAGCCGCUUGGGGGGGGGUCGCCGACGCCGCGCGUUACAGAGCCAUGAUUGUUACGACCAACGAUCUAGAAAA